UUUGUUGUUGUGUUGUAGAGUUAAUAUUCGCCUAACUGAUGUUCAUAAUUAGGGGUUGGUGUGUUUUUAUACUGAUACACAAUGCCAGAGUGUUGCCGUGUUCACUGUGUAUUUGCUUAUAACUCGGUUCGCGUUUUCGUUGCAAUUUAACAACCAUUUUCACUUUGCGGGAAAAUGCCUGAAUGUCAUAUUACUGUUUUGAAUAGCACGGCAAGUUCACUCUACGCAAUAAUUUCAAAUGGACUCCAAGCAGCAGAUGGCGCACGUUUGUACACUGACAUGCUCGCUUGAAGACUGAGAACCAUCCGCCAUAUUUGUUAUCGCAGAUUCGUCAGAAACCUCUGCAGAAGUAGUUUAAGUAUAAUGAAUGCGUUUAAAUCGAGCUGUAGAGAUAAAAACAAAGAUCAAAACCGAUUUCUGUGCGUUUUUACCCAUUGUUAAUUUGAAAAGAAUGGACCCGGUGCAUGCAGAAGGUGCUUCAGUCUUCAUGUGCAAAAUAUGCAACUUGUUCUCCCCCAAUAAAUCAAAGCUCCUGUCUCAUGUUACUGAGACUCACACCAGUGAAGGUGGCGAUCCUGACACUUUUAUUAUAGCGCUCAAGCCUUUAACAACUGAGCAACCACACAGUUCAGAUGUUGUUGUGAAAAGAAAACGUGGACGACCAAAAGGCUCCACUAAGAAAGUCCAGCCAGAAGAGGUUACCUUAAACAAAUCAUCUAAUCAGCUGGAGAAAGAGUCCACUAAUAUCCAAUCAGGGACUGUUGUCGAAGAGCAAAGUGAGGAUGGCAGUGGUCUGGAGUGCAAGAAAUGUAAUCGCAAGUUCAGCAACAAGCGGCAAAUUUCCAAACACAUUUGCUUUGUAGGACUGAAAGAGGUUGCUGAUGAGGAAGAGAGCAAUGGUUAUAAUACUGAUGGAAAUAAAAUGACUGAUGGAGAGGAAGACAACGAGCGGAUGCCAAAGAAAGCUCGAGCAAUGCGCACAGAGAAGGUCUCCAGUGCAAAGGACCCAGAGUCAGCAAGUGGCAACAAAAAUCCUAUCAUUAGUGUGGUCCUUACCAGUCUUGAGGCCAUUCCUGGUGCCUCAAAAAUAGUUCCUAUUGAAGCGGCCCCAGCUGAGCCACCUACUCAGACGGAUGCAGCUGCAGGUUCCCAGGAGGCAGCAUUGAAAAGGGGUUACCAGGAAUAUGCCAUUCAGCAAGCUGCUUUUGAAGUGCCCCUCAAAUCAAACAGGUUAGGACAAACUCAGCUGAAAAUCUUCACCUGUGAAUACUGCAAUAAAGUCUUCAAAUUCAAGCAUUCACUGCAGGCCCACUUACGAAUCCACACCAAUGAGAAACCAUUCAAGUGCACCCAGUGUGACUAUGCCAGUGCUAUAAAGGCUAAUCUCAGUGUUCAUAUGCGCAAGCACACCGGGGAGAAAUUCAGCUGUGAGCAGUGCUCAUUUAACUGCCUGAGUAAAGGACACCUCAAAGUUCACGUGGAGCGAGUGCACAAGAAAAUUAAGCAGCACUGCCAUUUCUGCAAAAAGAAAUACUCUGAUGUGAAGAACCUUCUUAAACACAUCCGUGAAAGCCACGACAUGGAAGAUAAGAAGGUAAAGGAGUCCUAUGAUGAGUACAGCCUCCAAACCAGGGAGGGCAAAAGACAGCUUCUGUACAACUGUCAAAUAUGCGACCGCAAGUUCAAAAAUGAACUUGAGCGUGAUCGUCACAUGAUGGUCCAUGGCACCAAGAGACCCUUUGGCUGUGAGUUAUGUGAUCACGGCUCAACAAAAUUUCAGGCCUUGCAGGCCCAUAUCCGAAAGCACCCCUUCAUCUAUGUAUGUGCCAUUUGCCAGCAGAAAUUCGUCAGCUCAGUGCAACUGAGGUCCCAUCUCCGAGAGCUCCACCCAGAAACAGACGAGACCUCAUCUUUUGCAGACUCCAUCAAGUCCAGCUUUUGUCUGCUCAAGCCAGGCGAUGAUAUUCAGAAGGACAUGUUGAGUCAGGAUGAGCUUGAAAUCACAGAGGAGCUGUCUCAGCUCAAUGCCCAGGAGCUGUUAACCACAGAAAUGAGUUGCAUUAAACAAGAGAAGCCUCAAAUUCAAAGCUCUGGUAGUUUAGAUGUGGAUUCAGAACUAAUUGUUCAGAACUCACAAGAGGGGAUUCCUCAUAAAGAUUGUCCAGCCAAUGAGACAGAACCAUCUGCAAUAGCACAAACACAAGAGAUAUCCUGUGAAGAUGUAAUAAAUAAGCAGAGACUCCAAGAUGAUACACUUAAAAUAGAGUGCAGUGUGGCAGAGGAUCAGAAUCCUGCUCAAGAAACUGGACCCAUGCCUUCAGAAAGUAGUUCUUUGACUGAUAUAGCAAAAGUCCAGUCUAAUGAGCAUAUAAUGACAAAGGAAACCGUAUCCAUUUCAGUUCCUCAAAUUGAGGAAGAGGCAAUUGUUCAGCAAACUGGUGAUGAGGACUUCAGUUCAGAGCAAGAGGAAAAGUCUGCUUUCAGGCAAAUUAUAGAUCAGAUGCAAAAGCGACAGCUUAACAUGGAAGUUUUUGAAAGGAUUCGGAAAUGUUAUGGAGACCUUGAAUGUGAAUACUGUGGUAAGCUGUUCUGGUAUCAGGUACACUUCAAUAUGCAUGUGCGAACACACACGAAAGAACAUCUUCAUUACUGUUCUCAGUGCAGUUACUCUUCCAUCACUAAAAACUGCCUGAAGCGGCACGUCAUACAGAGACAUUCUGACAUUCUACUCAAGUGUCCCUCUGAGGGAUGCCAGUACUGCACGCCUGAUAAAUACAAGCUUCAGUCGCAUCUUAAAACUCAUUCGGACAUAGUCAAAAAAAGUUUUACAUGCCCAGUAUGUCAGGAGUCUGUUGCAGAGGACAAAGUUAGAUCUCAUAUCAAAAGUAACCAUCCAGAUGUGUCACUGAACUACAUCUCAGAGACGUUGGGAAUACGUGUACAUGUGAAGGGGGUGAUUGGAAAGCGUGCUUCCAAAUGCCCGUACUGUGACUGCUUCUUCACAAGGAACGGGGCAGAUAUGCAGCAGCACAUAUGGGCACAUGAAGGAGUGAAACCGUACAAAUGCCUAUUGUGUGAUUACGCAACAAGAAGUAAAAGCAACCUCAAGGCUCACAUGAACAGACACAGUACUGAGAAAACACAUCUUUGUGACCUAUGUGGGAAAAAGUUCAAGUCUAAAUGCACUCUGAAGAGCCAUAAACUUAUGCACACAGCUGAUGGAAAACAGUUCAAAUGCACCGAAUGUGACUUCACGGCUGCACAAAGACCACAUCUUCUUCGUCACAUGGAGCAGCAUGCCUCUUUCAAACCUUUCCGUUGUGCACACUGCCACUACUCAUGCAACAUUUCAGGCUCUCUGAAAAGACACUAUAACAAGAAGCAUCCUAACACACAGUACAGUAAUGCUGGAACAGGGGCAGCCACUUCAGAAACUGUGAUAGAGCUAGGUGGAGUGAAAUGUCCUGUUUGCAAUUAUGUUUAUGGCACUAAAUGGGAAAUGAACAGACACCUGAAGAGCAAACAUGGUCUCAAAGUGGUGGAGAAUGACAGUCUUGGUCUGAAUCAGUGGGAGGUAGUGGAGUCAGUGGAAGAGCCAGCCAUGGAGUACCUUCAUAUUACUGAGACUGAGGAUCCACAAGGAACAGAGGCUGCAGUAUCUGCUUUGCAGGACCUGCGCUUCAAUACACAGAAUGGUGUUGUGUCUGCCACAGCUGCAGAUAGACUUGACCCAACAUCUGUGAACAUCCUCCAGCAGAUAAUUGAACUGGGCUCAGAGAGUCAUGAUGCCACUCUGGCUUCUGUGGUUGCCAUGGCUCCUGGCACAGUUACUGUUGUGGAGCAGGUGGCAGCGGAGCAGCAGACCGACCAUGCCAUGAUGAUCCAGGAUGCACUGCAGCAGGCAACAGUAGGCCUGGGAGAAGAGCAUCAUCUGGUGGUGUCUUCAGAUGACAUUGAAGGCAUCAAAACUGUCACAGUGUACACACAGGGUGAAGAUGCCUCCCAGUUCAUAGUCUAUGUUCAGGAAGCGGUUCAGGAGGCUGUGCAAACUGAGGAGACCACUACAAUAUAGAGAUAUUAUGCUAUCUAGCCCAAAUGCUCUGAAGCUUUCAUAUUUUUAGUUAGUUACCCCAGUCAAGGCAGCCAUCCAUAAAUGAUGGGGACCAUAAGCACAACUGUAAAUGUUUAUGAAAUAAAUGAGCAGUAAAUAGUCAUGGCUUUGUUAACUGCAAAAAUAGAUGGGUAGUGGCUUUAUGUAGCAUUUUUGGCCUUAGCCACUCAAAGACAGUUCCUGGAAAAAAGCAACUAGAUCCAGUUCAAUUUUACCUAUAAUAAUUAUGGCCUGCAACCAUAAUCACAAAUGCUUCCAAAAGAGUUACUCUGUGACUCCGACCAUUCCAAACUUUUGUAGUUUUUUUUAAAAAAUUAUUAUAUAUAUGUACAUAUGGCUAUCCAUAAUAUUAAAGUGUGUUAUUUAAUACUUGGUGUUUACUGUACAAGAGAUAAUUUAAUCAUUUAUGAUUUUGUCAGUAAAAUAUCACUC